AUGCAAAUGACAAUACACGAGCUUCACGGAGAGAAGAGCGAGAACUGGUGUAGACAAGACCUGGGCAAUAUCGACGCGUACACCAGAGACAGAUAUACGGAGGCCUCGGGGAACACAUACGCUUCUAGCACCGUCCUUGCAACAUAUUCGCGUCCAGACAUCAUUUUCACACACGGCCGUGGGUUGCAGCUAUUCGCAGCGACAGAUUCAGGCGACUCACAUCGCGAGUACCUUGACUUCUCAUCCGGUAUUGCUGUCAAUUCUCUCGGACAUGCGGAUCCGCAAGUGGCCGAGGUGGCAGCGGAGCAAGCUCAGCGGCUCGUGCACUCGAGCAACCUCUUUCAUAACGAGUGGAGUGGAGAGUUGAGCUGCAAGAUGGUCGAACUUACGGGCCAGCACGGAGGGCUUGGGAUUCCAAAGGGAAAAGGAUGCACAACCGAGCUCAAAGUCUUCUUGGCGAACAGCGGCACUGAGGCCAAUGAAGCUGCUCUCAAAUUUGCGCGCAAAUACGCUCGAGUUACUGCCAAGGAUGGGCUUAAGGAGCGUAAGAAUGCACUCGUGUCAUUCACCAAUGCCUUCCAUGGCCGAACAAUGGGCGCACUUUCCAUGACGCCGAAUCCCAAGUACAAGGAUCCGUUCGCGCCCCUGAUUCCAAACGUGAAGACGGGCCAGUACAACUCUGUCGACGGGCUUGAAACACUAAUCGAUCACGACACGGCCGGCGUGAUUGUUGAGCCGGUACAAGGCGAAGGCGGGAUUUACCCAGCCUCGCUAUCAUUCUUGCAGGCUCUGCGCAAGCGGUGCGACGAGGUGGGCGCGCUUCUCAUCUACGACGAGAUCCAAUGCGGCCUCUUCCGCUCCGGCACACUGUGGUGUCACAGCGAGUUCCCGCCCGACGCACACCCGGACCUCGUCACGAUGGCCAAGCCGCUUGCGAACGGCUUUCCUAUCGGCGCAGUGCUCAUGCGCAACAAGGUAGCCGACGCUAUCGUCGUCGGCGACCACGGCACCACGUUCGGCGGAGGACCCUUGGCAAGCCGCAUCGCGCACCACGUUUUGGAGCGCCUCAGCAACGAAGAGUUCGGCAAACAGUUGAAGGAGAACUCGGAAUAUCUCUUCCGCAGACUCUCGCAUCUCGUGGAGAUGUUCCCCGAUCUCAUUUCGACGGACCCGCACCCUUCACCACGAGGGAAAGGGUUCCUUGUCGGCAUCAGUAUGAAGGAUCCCUCCAAUGCGGGGAAAACUCUGAAGCUCGCCAGGGAACGCGGCCUCAUCGUCCUUUCGGCCGGGAGUGACACGAUCCGCAUUGCGCCUAGCUUGAACGUCAGCAAGGAGCAGAUCGACAAGGCCGUCGAUGUUCUCGAGUCUAGCAUGCUUGUGCUUCGUCAGCAGCAGACUCACUCAUAG